UUUUGGCUCAGUGCCUCCUACCAGUGACUCCUCCUCCUACUUGCCGACCCCACAGAUCGCGCGUCGCAGAGAUCACAUGAUAAUGGGGAUCGUGCCAAAUUAUUUUCUUUCCUGAGUAGGAGUACAACAGUACAAGUGCCUCCUUCUGCUGGAGUUAAGUUUUCUACAGGACGAUAUAGACGACCUACCGUCACAAGAUCAAGGCUCGACGGCUGAUUGAAUUUUCUUUCCGCAUGAGAUCAAGACAGUUCCCGGUUCCUUCUUACCUUCGCAGAGCUACCGGAUACGAGUAUGCAGACGAACUUGACUACACUUCUGCUGGUCGUUCAUCUAGAAGCGGAUUAAUUCUUAUCGCGUUGGCUAAUUACGACAAAGCGUUGCCUCUUGCUUCUUCUCUUUCUACUUCUGCGUGUCCGCACGAAAGAUUUUUUGAUCUCUACUUUGAUUUCAUUCCAUGAUGUUUUCUGGGCGCAUCCGCGAGAACACGGGCCGCUACCCUGUUGGGGUAGAGGAGGGAAUGACAGACCAGGGGGUUCCCUACCGAUUUUUCUUUCCCCUCCCGGCGCGGGCCGCGAGGCUGCAGACGCACCGGGCGAAACACGUGCGGGACUGGUGUACCAUGUUGGACGGGCAGUAUUGGAUCGUGAGCUUUGGUGCCGGACGCAUAAGUUUGCGAGCGACUAAAGACGACGCACAGUGGAAAAAAUUCUUGAAGCGCAUUUUGUUUCACGACGUCAUCCGGAUGUGUCUCUUUUCCGUCGCUCUCGUUUGCAACUUAGUAAGUGACUUCCUUUCCGCCGAAUGCAGGCGAAAAUGCUGUUCCUUCUUUGAUGGCGGCGCAUUAUCCUUCCUGUCGUUCACGCUUCCAGCUUUUAACCUCCUACCCGCUUGGCAGGCACGGUAUUUCAAGUCCGAGUGUCCCGCUAGUGGCUCUUCGGACAAGUGGAUUCUCUACUCGCACGGCCUCACCUAUGGAGCUGUCAGGAUCGAAAUCAACAAAAUCGAAAUAAUUUGUGAUGCGUAAAAUUUAUACGAGCUGGAGGCUCAGCUGUCAAGUGGCGCAUGACAAAUUUCGGGAGCACCAACAUCCAGUCUGUCAUGCUGUUUGGUCAAAGAUGACUGCUCCUGUCAUGCUACUCUGGCAGCGCAUCGCCUUCCCCUAAACAGGCGCACAACCGGUCUCAUUUGCCUGCUCCCCAACACAGGCCUUGCGUGCGCUACAUUUUAUGCAUUACAAAUUUUUCGACUUUAUCGAUUUCGAUCCUGACACUUCCAUAUCACCGCCUCCACCGACGAGCACGCUUUGCUCCAUGCGGAGUGGUAUCAACUGUAAAAAUGUCUGGGUCUGGAAGAUUCUGACACUUGUCAUGCACGUUUUGAAUGAGCCGCGAUGUCCGUGAUGCAUACCCAAGCAAUACAAAUUUUUUCACGGCUUCUUGAUGCCUAUUCUGCAUGACAAAUGCCUUCUCAGUGUCGCAGAAAUUGCAUUUCCUUUGCUACUCGUGCAAUACAGAUUUUUUUUGAAUCCAAAUGCAGCAUGACAAACUUGUAUUCUUCCAGACUCAGACAUAUUUGCACUGGAUAAGUGGGUAUGAUACAGAAAAACACAAUCGCGCCGGAUAGACGGAAGACAAGUAUAAAAACAAGGAUUGACUUGUUAUGUCAUUUUUCAGAAAAAAAUUAUUCUCAAGAUGUUUGGUUCUGAUACCACAUUCUAAUACGCACGUGGACGUCGUGGUCGUGACAUAAGUAGCACACAAAGUCCUGUGGCAUCCUGUUGAAUAGCGUAAAGACCACGUCAGCAGUUGUCCAGAAGCCCUGCUCACAUGAUGCAUUUAUGGCAACAUAUUCAUUUCAGACAGCGUUUUUCUGUGUGAUACCAAGCGAGCCACGGUUACAGAGUGUUCGCACUGCACCACACCGAGGGGUCUGCGUGCCAAGUCUGGACCGUAGACGGAGGGAGUGGAAAGUUAUCCAGCGCAAAUGCGACGUCUGGGUCUGGAAACUUUUGAUGCGAAAUUGUGGAUGUUCCGUGGAGCAAGUGGAAGUGCACCUAGUAUGGCAGGUUUUAUUUGAAACGCCCCCUUAUGGUGCUUAUUGCGGAUUUGAGGCCGCGGCGCUUUUCCUGCAUGACGCAAAUGAAGUAUUUUGGUCAACUUGCACUAAUUUCCUCUAAAAAUAAACGCAACCAAAAGAAGCACCAAAAAUCAUUCCAGAACCACACAAUGUUGAUCAUUUUUGCGCUGUAUAAAGGCGGAAAAGGAUUGAUUUCGAGCUCGCCCCCUUCACCCGGUGCGACAGCGAGAUAGAUGAGGAAGUGGAAAGGCGGUGCACGACCAGCGCGGAAGAUGAAAAAAUAGCCCCCAAAGAAGCGAAGUCGCGGAUUUUUCACGAAGUUUGUGUCGACUGGCGGGAAAAACGGUGCGAGCAACGGGCGCAGCAAAUGUUUGAGGCCUGGAAGUUUCUGGUAUCAAAUGUAAAAAUGUCUGGGUCUGGAAGAAUGCGCGAUUUGUCAUGCAGCUUGUCCAUGACCCAUGAGGUCUGGAAUGCAGGACAUAGCAUGACAGAUUCUGUGCGAUCUUUCUCAUGCCUAUCCUGCAUGAGAAACUCCCUCCCGACUUGGUCAAAACUGGACGACUUUUGGUAAUCAUGCAACACAGAUUUUUGCAUGCUUCAGAUUUAGCAUGACAAGUUGCAAUCUUCCAGACCCAGACACUUUUGCAGUUGAUAUCUGGAAAAGCGGUACGAAAUUUUUCACUGUGGUAGUGCACGUCAAGAGGAGGAGGUGGCUGUUGGCGAUGAAAAUGGGAAUCUCAAAAAUGCGCCGGGGAAAGAAUCCCAAAUAAAGCAAAGACAGCCCGUGAAACCCAUCCUCGCGGGCUUCAGCUACGGGGCCACCACAGCGCAGGUUUGCCUGCAAAAGUUCUUCUCGCAGCGGCCGGAGAGCGACCCUUUAACAUCACCUGCGCCACCAUUUUCGACGAAUGCAGUAGUACCAGCACAACUUCCUCCUGGUCCCUCCGGAACAGCUGCUUCACGCCGGGAAGAACAAGGUGAAAAACAACUACACACCGGGGCCGCGCCGUGCUCCUGUGCAAGAGCCUUGAUCUCGAUUGACGGCUGGUACUCUAUUCCGCUGGGGGAGACAGGAUUCGACUUUCCGCGCGUGCUGACUUCCGCGGUUGCGGAAGCGAAAACUGACCAGCAAGUCUCCAUCCAGCGCGUGCCGCAAUUCUGGAACCUCUCGGAGGAAUUUGCGAGGCGAACGCCGGAGAAAGAGAACCAGGAGCGGAUUCUAUCCUGUGUGAAAUAAACGGGUCUAUUUCAUCAUCGCUUUUUUAUUGCAGAAUUCACCAUCAGUUGACUAUUUCUUUUGAAGUGGAUACGUUUUGAUAUUUUACACAGGAUAGAUGGCGAAAGGGCUGUUUGGUGUCGCGGGAAAAAAAUUUCCCUUGUACAAAGGGGUGCUGCACAUGGAGAUGUGCGAACUAUAUCCUAGGUAAAAGCAUACCCACACCAUGGAUGGAAUGAAUUUUGCAGCACAUCAAGCUAACAAGUUUUGGGUGCUGCGCAGAGCACAAUGCGAUUCUCAGUAUAAUUGUUCUCGUGGUUCUUAGGAGCUAGUGGCAGCCGCAUCUUGAUGUUGAUGAAUCCAUUUUCUAGUCCUGAUUAGGGAAUGAUAAACAAGUUUCUAAAUAAAUGAUCCCCAGAAAGUAAGCCCCAGGGGAAGCAGCAGCCGCACGAGACUGACACCUUCUGCACAUGCCGCAUUUCUGCAUGAAAAAUGUCGAGGGUGGGUACGUUUUUGAAGACGACAAACUCCCCAAUUUUAUUUUCGUCGGUGCGUUUGCCCGGUGUGUGGCCCUCGUGCGGAUACUGUUCGUGCACUACCUGCUUCCCUUUCGCGACAAAUACUUUGCCACCUCGAAGGCUAGUACAACGGCGACAUCUAGUUCGGAGUUGACACGAUCAAAGACAGCAACAGCAGGCCACGGAGGUGAUACGAGCAAAAGCCAGACAGAAACAGUGCAACAGGAGUGGGACAUUACUGCGCCACUGUUCCAGCUAUCACCCGCAAAUAGUGAAGAUGUCUGGGGCGGACGGGGAAAUUUUCAUUUUGAAUAAUGAGAUGCAAAAGGACUUUUUCGCCAGGAUGCAUGGUUUUUUAUUUUCCUUUGAUAGUCGUCCGAGGAAAGAACCAGAACUCCUUCACGAAGAAGCAUGCCGGGGCAAGUGCUGCCCCGCGUUUUUGCAGCCUGCGCCGCGUAUACAACAAACCUUACUCCUCGCAUCAAGGGCCGCAAAGCAUGUCCCACGCGGCAUGAUAAUUGCAGGUGGUUUUGACUCUUUUCCAUGUAGUAUUUUUACCCCGCAACCACAGCCAUCCAUUCUGUUUGCGCUUCAUACCCUCACCACAAAUACAACUGGUGGCUCGAGUCUCGGGUGGACGCAGUCGGCGUUUAUUAUUCGAUGGUAGACCGAAUUGUCGAGUUUUUGCAAGACCUCGACGGUCAUGAAGACGACGACUCUGGCGCUGGCAAGGAUGGCAAAAAUGCAGCAGCACUACAGGAACAACAACAAUCCGCUGGUCGGCCGGACACGGUGACAGAUUCUGAAGUUUUUUCGCCCGUUCUUGCAGUUCCCCACGAUGAGAUGGAUCUGAAGAAAACGAAAUGACGUGGACGUCGCAACAAAAUUGUGUUUCCACUGAAGAUGAUUGAUAUGAUACUUCUGGUCCGCAGAAGUCCUUGCGCAUAGUUCGUAUCUCGUACCUCGCACAUGCACGGAACCUUACACGCAGUUUUGCUUUGGGAAAAAACAAG